CCCAUCAUAUCAUAAGCUUUUUUUUUUUAUACGAGGACUGUGUCAUUCAUAUAAUUAUUCUUCACUUGUGCCGUGAAAAUGCUUUAUGUACAAUUCAUGAUGAUAAUUCUUUUCUGAAAUUUACGAUACCAAUAAUGCAAUAAAACCAUCUCAACAUACUGCGAGGCACACCUCACAUAAUGCACAUUUGGUAUGUAAUUUGGUUCCCUGAUUGGUGAGAGUGCUCACACGAAAUUAGGCUCGUAUUACUGAGCUAAGAACGUCACAAAUGGAAAUAGAAUAGAUGGCAAGGCAAUAAAUUCUUAAUCCCUGGCCAUUAGUAAUUUAAGAGUCCCAAAGGUCAGAUCUUUAACCUUUCUUUCACAACCUUUUCCUCAUCCAAGAGAAAUACGAUCGUCCCAAUUUCUCCGACGAGGAACGGAAGUGCUGCUGGUGAUAACUCAGGUCAAUUUCUGACCAAGUGUUCUUCGAGUUCGAGGUGAUAAAACGGUGACAUCACUUUUGCACACAAGUCUUCGGGACCUUCAAGCGUGCACGCUUUCCAAUGGCAAAGGACAACGGAUGCUCCAAAUAUUUUGGACAGAGCUAUUAUACUACCAGAAAAUAUGAUCCGAAGCGUGCCUAUCCCUGGUUAACGAAUGUAACUCGUCUAGGAAUAUCAAGCAACAAGAAACAAGCAAUUGAAGCAGCUAUCAACAGGACGGAUGCUUUGCUGAGGAGUGUUUCUCCAUUGGGCGAAGCCUCCAAUUAUCCAUCAAUUCUAGGGGAAGUUCAAGGCAGACAGGUAUCGGGGCCCUUGCCAUACAAGGCUAAUGUGUCAUUUGAUACCAAUGCUAUUCAAGCGGGCACAGUUGAGCCAAAUGUUCAUCCUACUCUAGAGAGUGCUUCAAAUCUUGGAGGUAAUGUGAAAAAACAAAAAUCUUGCAGACCAAGGGAGUUGGCCAUGACUAGUGAGCCUGGCCCUAACAAAUCUCCCUUGUCCAACAAGAGUCUAUUAUUGUCUGGAGUAAUUGAUGGGGCUCCGGUGAUGUACGUUUUAAAGAGACGUAAGAUAUUUCUUCGCGGCGUUAUAAAAGGGUCCAAGAUUCUGUGUAGCUGCAAUGAAUGCAACAACAUAAAAUACAUUGGUCCUUCCAAGUUUGAGCAACGUGCUGGAGGGAAGACCAAGAAACCGCAUGCUUUCAUGUAUCUUGAGAAUGGCAAGACCAUCAGCCAAGUUUGUCAGGAAUUAAGGGACACUCCCGAUGAUAUGCUUUUUCGUCGACUUCCAGAAAUUGCAGGUUCCGCUUUUAGAUGGCUAAGCUUCAACAAUAGUAAAAGGUCAUUCUAAUCAUGACUCCUCUCCGGCGGCACCACCUCCGGUUAAGAUGUCGCACUUUAAGUCUUUGCAGUAAGUUGCAUAUCAUUGCAAAAUAGACUGGUUCGGAUGCUUUUUAGCAAGUCAUUUCAUUCUACAACUGUCCGCGAUAUUGGCCAACUUUGCUUCCUUUUGUUGAAAUAAAAAACUGCUGGUACAAACUC